CCUCUAAUUUCUUCCUUCUAUCUGCACAAAUCUUUGCCCUUAAAUUCUCAUUUUUUUUUCCACAUACAUAUUUAUAUUUUAUCAUCCAUAUAUUAUGGGUAUUUGUGGAUCCAAAAAACGUCCUCCUCCUAUCAUUGUUAAUAUCCACCACAAUUCAACAAAUCAUGUUAUUAGAAAUCAAAACAAACCGAUUAAAUUGAAGGAUUCCAUUUUGCAGGCUCGAAACAAGAAAAACCUAAGUCAAGUUCAACUGGCUAAAAAAUUAAAUGUGAAGCCACAAAAGAUUCAGGAAUACGAAUCCGGGAAGACAAUUCCAAGCCAAGUGACCAUCUCUAAGCUGGAGAACAUUCUUGGAGUGAAACUUCAAGAUUUAUACAAAACUAAGUUGAGGGAGGAUAUCAAGCAAGCUCGAGAAAACAUGUUCAUGACUCAAACUCAACUUGCUAAGAAGCUAAAAGUGAAGGUGCAAAUCAUUAAAGAUUACGAGAAUGGAAAGACAAUCCCAAAACAAAAUAUGAUCUCUCAAUUGGAGAAAACUCUUCUGUUGAAACUUCACUGAAAGAAAUAAUGUGUAGUGGCAAAAGAGAGCCUUACAUGUCCAAGGAAAAGGAGAGAUUCAUCAGACUUAUAACCUGCUCAGAUGCAUCGUUGAGUAUUAAAAAUAAAACGUCUCGAUUUAUAUCAAUUAAUCGGUUAUAAUUGAUUCAUCGACUUAUAACGUAGUGAUGAAUGAAUGUAAUUCAUUAACUUUGUUACAAUACAAAUAAUGAA